UGUAUAGUUUGGAAAUGAUAUUCGUAGACUGUACCAGUAAGCUUUACUAUGAAAGUGUUAGGAUUUUUCAAGGUGUAGAUAAAUAAGGAUGCUUUAUGAUGGAAUAUUUUUUGCUUUUAUUGGCCUGUUUGAUGAAUUUUUGUCAUUCAAAAGACUCUUCGCAACAAAGAAUUGAAUGCCUAUCAGACGCAGAUUGCACGAAACAAAACGUCGUUUAUUCAAAAUUAGUUUGUUGCAGAAACGGAAUUUGUUGCUCAGAGACAAACCAUUAUCCAUGGAACACGAAGUGCUAUUCCGACAAUGACUGUACUGGAGUGAAGGGAUAUUUCGCGAAAGAUUUGGAACUUCCUCACUGUUGCCAAGAAGGCGAGUGUUGUGGCGACUACCAUCAUGACCAAGAGAAAUAUACGGAUAGCCCUUCCGAUGAUGGCCAUGAUGAUAAACCGAGCCACUCCACACGGAUCAUAUAUGCUUUCUCAAUUCUCGGUUUUUCACUGAUAAUAAUUUCCUUGGUUUCUUUUGCGGUCGCUAUGUUCCGAGCAGGAAAAUGUCAUAAAUGCCGCAAUGAUAAUGAAAUUAAUACUUCAACGCAAGAAAAUGAUCCACCGCCAACUUUUUCAGAUGUAGUUGGUAGUCAUUCAAACGGAACUACGGUUUUGGGUACGUCAUCGACAAUAAUCAUGUACAAUGUAGAGACUGAUACAGUGGGGCCGGGGCAGCGAAAUCAUCAAAAUCAACAAAUCCCGACGGUCGGCAUCCUACAGGACAACGAAUGGCCACCACUGCCCAAAUAUAAAGACAUGUUUCCCCAAAACAAUAAUAUUCCGAAUUCAGAACCUCCUAUAUACGAAGAAAGAGAGAACAAUGUUAACCGAUAUCACUGAAGAGUCAUUUCUCUCUUUUUAAAAGAGUCGGACUUGAACAUUUUGAGCCACUACCAAGAAAAUAGAAUCAAUUAGAUUCCGUUUUUCACUACGAAAUUUUGUGUAAUGACGUAACCAAAACUAAGAAUUGCGUGCCGUGGUUCCGUGAUCACAUCUCAGUGAUCUGGUUGGUGGUGAGAAUAUCCGAUUGUAAAAGAUUUGAUAAUACUUCGUUUUGGCUUACGUGUUCAUAUAUUUUAGCAUUUCUCUCCCUUUUUUAACUGGAGACUUUGAUCUGAUACGUACAAAAGAUACAGGGCGUUUUAAAAGUGUUCUUCUUUAAUUGGCUAUUCAAAAUGAAAUACGUUAAUGUAGAAUAACUAAA